UCCCAGGUCUUCUCCCUCCCGCACGAUUGAAAAAAUCACGCAAAAAAAACAGAAAGAACAAGCGAAUAGAAAUCAGGAAACUACCAUCCACGCAUGCAGUCAGCCCCCACCCACGACUCCCACCGCAUCUUGCGACCCGCCGCCGUCUUCCUGGUCGAACUAGGGUUGGGCGCCACUUCCGUCUUCCUGGUCGACGGCGUCCUUGUCUUCACCGGUGCGCCCAUCCCCACCUUCCUAUCUCUCCAAGGGAGCUCGAGUUCUUCCCUAUCUCUCUUGGCGAUCGCCGUCCUGGUUCGGUGGUGCCCCAGCGGCGCGUGUAGGACAUGGGAGAUGAGCAGGGCGUUCUCAAGUGGCAAUGCCAGGCCAGCUUCAGGUCUUUGGCAGCGCCAUGGUCAACAAGAGAACAACUACUUCUGAGUUUUGGGGUGGCAGCAGCAAGACCGAGGUGCAUGAUCAUGAAGAUGGGCGACUGCGGGGAAUGCAUGCACAUGGAAGGGUGGACAUCGCCGUUACCCCCGCAGGGACGACUAUGUCGACAACUGUUUGCACAUUAACUAAUUUAUAGCAUAGGCGAGAAUGAUAUAAUUUUUCUUUAUCAGUAGUCAUAUUUUGUCAGAUUAAGAUCUACAUGUAAACAUUCCUGCACCUUGUAUCAUAUAGAACUAGCCUAAAGGGAUUAUGCUUGAUCUUCUAAGCUAGCUGGUAUUAAAAAGACAUUUCUCACCAAGCAAGGUAAUUAUAAUAAGCAUCAA